AUGAGUGAAUGUGCUGGAAGUUCAACGAACAAUUACACAAGAAAUUAUGUUACUAUUAAUGACGCUGAUGCAAAUACAUUAGCCAACGCAAUUGUGAUAGCAAUGAGAAUGAAUGAUGGAAAUCGAAUCCAGCAACGUGAAUCUGGUGCUAAAGAUAUUGCAAGUGCUGUUAUAAUGGCUCUCAGUACAACAACCAGGAGAACAAAUACAUUAACCACAACAACAGCACAUAUGCCAUUGCGUGCAUCUAGCACGAUGGGAUUGACAAAUGAUAGUAUUAUUUCACCCCCUUAUCAUUAA